UUACUGAUUGGCUGAAAGUUUGCCCCUCUAGGGGUGCGGCGCUGUUCCCUGAAGUGUGGAGUGUACCGUUUUGCUGAGUGCUUUUACAACUGAGUUGUGUUUUUCAUUUUUCAGUCAGGGUUUUAAACUUUUGAUGGUUUAAAUAUAUAUGUAUAUAUAAACUCAACAGUUAUGCUUCUGACAUCGCUCUAUUCGCAAGCUGCGUUACUGCUACUUAUCCUGGUGGAAGAGAUCUGGAGGGUCGCUGGUAUUAGGCACACAGUAUAUUGGAACAGUACAAAUCCCAGGUUUUUCAGUGGAGAUUACACUCUAGUUGUGCACAUCAAUGACUAUCUUGAUAUUUUGUGCCCGCACUAUGAUGAAAGUGUGCCUGAAGAAAAGACAGAGACCUUUGCACUGUACAUGGUGACGUGGGAUGGUUACGAAAAAUGCUACGAGACACCAAACGCCUUCAAACGCUGGAUUUGCAACAAGCCUUAUGCUUCAUUUGGACCUGUAAGGUUCUCUGAAAAAAUUCAGCGCUUCACUCCAUUCUCACGGGGGUUUGAGUUCCAGCCUGGUGAGGAUUAUUACUACAUUUCUCAACCAGAUGAAGGCAGUGCAGGGCACUGUUUGAAACUACAACUCUCAGUAUGCUGCAAAGCCACAACCACCAAACCAGAUAGCCAUAAUCAACCUAAUUCUCAGCCACGGGGUGGAGGAGGAGGUGGCAGAAUUGAAGAAAACAAUGAUAAAGGCUAUGCCACGAGGUCACCCAAGAAUGUUGCAACACCACAGUCUUCUGAGAGCAUCCAUAUCUACAUCCUUUUUUUAAUUCUUGGUUUUAUAUUUCUGUGGAACUAACUGAUGAGAUAUUUUGCGGGUUUAGGAAGAAAGUGGAUGAGAAUUGCUGAGUGAGCUAAAGAAUAAAAAUGUAGCACUUUAUAACAAAUAAUUCUGGGAACCAGAUGGACAACUUUGUGUUUACUGAAUGCUUCCAGUACAGACAGAUAAAUUUACCAAGAAAAUGCAUACGUAUAUUUUUUCAGUAUGAAGACACACUCAGAACAAGCUUUUAUGCAUUUGAACUUAUUUUCUUUCUACAAAUGAGGCCUUGUAUAAGUGGUUACUGUUCUGGCGGCAGUAAGUUCAGGCAUCAUUAUGCUUCAGUCCUAGGCUUGAGAAAUGGAAAAAAAAAUCGUUGUUAAUUUUAUGUUUGAAGAGGCUGUAUAAACUAUCAGGGAUCCCACUGGUUUAUGAUCAGUCUUGCAGUAAAUGAUUCAGCACUCUAUGGCAGCAGCAUACGACAUAAUUAUCCCAUGGGGAAUCCACUGACAAGCCACUAAUUGUUGAAGAAGCAAUUUCGCCAUCACACCCACAAUGUCAGAAAUUAACAUCUUGGAUGGUUUUGCAUUAAAUGAGCAGUUCAUAUGGGACUGCUACUUAAGAAAGGUUGUUGUGCCAUGUUGGGGCCCUAGUUUGUCUUCAAGAUCACUAUGCAUACCCAGUUGUCUGGACAGUGACAACACAUUCAUAUGCUGCCUGAGAAUGCUGAUACUGAGGAAAAUUGUCAGAGAUGUCAUGCAGUUGGACACGCCAUCCCUAAAAUCAUUCUCGAAGCAUAAACACAGGAUUGCCAACUUGUGGUUCACAUGACAGUGGGUCAUAGUGGGGUCUGGUAUAGACCGCAACCUAUUGUAUAACAUUACUUUUUGAGCAAAAAUCUAUUAAGGACAGUCCUCAAGUGCAAUUCACCUUACAUACUAGAUUCUGAUAUUGACAGGUUGUCUCAUCACAGGAGUUUCUGCAAACAUGUGGGUACUGAUGGUUCUAGAUGCUGAACAGUCGACAUGAUACAGAUGGAGUUUCUUUCCCUGGGGACUGUGGCUGACACUAACCUCCAUCUUGGACUUUAUUCACUAUAAAAUACCGAACAAGUUCAUAGAUACUGUCCUUGUGCUGUGUGGAAAUCCCCAAACAUAUUAGUCAAAAGUAAUGCUGCUGUUUGUUUUCUUUGGGUCAGGCUAGUGUUUUGUCACUUUCUGGUUUUAUGCAAGUUUAUGUAGGAGAAAUUGUAGCAGCUGAGAUGCAAAUACACAAGUGUCACAGCAGAAACUGUAGAAGUCGACAUGCACACACACAGAUGCAGCACUAGAAAUUGGAACAGCAAACAUGCAAACACACAGACACUGUAGUAGAAAUUGUUGUAGCAGAAAAGACAUGGAUGCCGCACUAGAAAUUAUAGUAGCAGAUAUUCAAACACUCAGAUGUUACAGUAGAAACUGUAGUAGCAGACAUGCAUAUAAAUACACCCACACUGGCAACAGGAUCAAAGUAGACGCAUGCAUAUGAAUCAUUUGGAAAUGGAUAGCACUUGUCAUAUAACUUCUACUACUGCCUGCUGAAUGACAAGGUAGUAGAAUUUAUUUACUAAGAAGUGUACUGAAGGCAAGAAAGAAGUAAGGGAACAAUGACUGUGCAGCAUCACACACACAAACACAUGCAUAACAGAGGUGAUUGCCAGUGGUGGAAUAAGUAAUAUUCAAAACUGCAAAGUUAUUCUCUCUCUCUCUUUCUGUUUCUCUCUGUCUUGCACUUUCACCCCCUCCCUCACAUUAUAUCUUGAAGGAGAAAUUACUGAAGUACAGUGUUAUUUCUACUUCUUGAAUUUUUAAUGCUUUUUUCACCUAGCUUAGACACAUCAUCACCAUCCCUACUCCCCUCACCCAAAAAAAAAAUCCUACACAUCUUAUGGGUUUGCUACACAUUUUUGUACAUCUAGAGGCAUGUCACAGAUAAUGCUUAGCCUCAGCAUUUUUAUUUUGUGACCCAUUUUGAUCUGGGGCCAUUGGCAUCAUUAUUUAGGUGGCCUCAAUACAAGCCUAGGACAUAGAUGUCAAAGCAGUAAUACUCUAAGGCUUCAGGGAAAUCUAAAUGUUCGUUAUACUGGCUUGAUUCAUUUUCUUUUGAAUGUAUGUGCAUUACUGAUGCAUAGUUUUAUGCAGGUUCAACCAUUUUUGAUUUUAAGCUUGAUAAAAAUGUAGAAAGUCCAUAGAGGUUUAAGAAAUAGACACUUAAAUCCAUUUGCAUGUAGCUGUACACCAUUAGGCAAAAAUGUACAACUGAUUAGAAAGCAACUGUGAUUCAGUAUUGUUUGUAUGACACUACCACCUGGAGCUUGUUUUAGGGUUUAAUAGCUUGAUGCUACUUAGGGGGACUCGUGAGCAUGUGACAUUAAGCCAUUUUAAGCGGGCAUUCUUUCCUGAUCAUUUAUAAGUUUGAGAGAGCGCGAGAGAGAAAGUGUUGUUAGGAAAGGAAAGUGGGUCAAUAGACUUAAACUAAACAUCAUUUUAAAUGUGGCUGCAUUUACCCCGAUUUUAUUAUCUUAUUAGUGUUUUCCUGAGCUCCAUGUCACUGACAUCAGGCUUCCCAGGAUGUCUAUGCCAGGUACCCAGUUAGUUCCUCCACAGUGAACCAUAGCUGGUCUGUGGGCAUGGGCAGCAUCAUAUUUGAUUCUGUACCAAGUGUGCAGCUAAUGAGAUGCAAAACACAGAAGCAGUUGCAGGGAGAAGCAGUUGCAGGGUUUUCCCUACGAACAAAUUCCAGUGAUAGUACCCAUGUACAUAUAAGAUCAACAGGCAAAAGAGCAAGGCUGAGGUCUGGUUCUAUAGUUCAUAGGGAUGACCCUUGUUUGACUAGUUACAUGGGAGCUCGAGGGAAUGGGACAGGAGGUUGAGGGUGAGUGGCUGGCAUUGGCUCACCAUUCCUUGGAGGUGGUUCUAGCUUGUUGCAUAGGUAACGCAUAGAGGAAGCAAUGGGUAAUGCACCCACAAAGAAGGAAACUAAGUACAUGCUGCUGGCUGUGUGCUGCAUACACCAUGAGGUUGUGUGUGAUUGCAUGCAUUGUUUCCAGAGUUUGCUGCAAUUCUGGAGCUCAAGACAAUAGUUGUGGGGUGCAGGGCACUGGGGGAAGGGCUUGAUCCACAUUACCACCAGAUUCUUGACUAUCAUGGGAGGAUGAAGCUAGUAUGUCCAUACCAGACAAUGAGUUGAUCAGAGGCUGGGACAGGUAUGAAUGGGCUGUAGGGUUCUUCUUGGACUGAAAGGGUCCCAGUGUAUAGUGUCCCCUUUUGGCUAAUAGUGAGCCUUCCUUCUGGUUCAAAUCUCAUCCCUUAGUGGUGGAAGAAAUUGGUUAAUUGACUACAAAUGGUGAAGGUAUGAGGUUAUUCAGGUGGAUGACUAGAAAAGAAAAACACACACUAGUUUAUAUAUUUGUUAGACUGUCAUUCAAAGAAUGUUUGUGUUCACUUCUGUUCUCUUUGUCAUCGCUCUCUUACUGCCUUGCCCAUGAAUGAUUAAAAUACAGCAGUUAAUAAUUUUAAUUGACAACAGUCUGUAUGUUUUUAAAUCACCUUGACAUGAACUGACAGAGUUACCACAUUUCUCUUUCUGAUGCAGUAGUUGAUUUCUCUGUGUUCAUAUCAGUACAAGGCCUCAGAAGUAAAACUCAGCCAGAGUCAUUUGCUUUGUAAUAGCAAAAAGUGCUGUUAUCUAAUAAGUUGUUUGCUUAAACUCAGAGCAAUUCUCACAUUAAUUUCAUCUGCCAGUCCACUCUUUACAUUUGAGUCUCUGUAGUUUUCACUGCCUCAUCAGUGCAGUAUUUUGCAAUCAAGUUCUUAUGUAUAGUGCUCAGGUGGCUUCUGUCAUACUCUAAGAACUAUGCAAGACAGUAUGCUUUUAGAAGAAUGCCACAGAGAUGAAAAUUUGCACAUUUCUAAAACCAAAGGAACAGAUGUCUAACCUAGUACUCUUACAUAAAAUAGUUUUUUAAAGCGUUUGCUUUCUGUGUCAUCUGCCUUUAAGAAAUUGUUCAUUUGUAACAGCCGCUGUCUUUGUAAAUGUUCAGAAGUCACAGCUUUAUUCUUUCAGGAGAGUGGCAAAAAACUUCUGUAAUGCAGUAUUUCAUCUCCUUUUCACCUUAUUGCUUCAGUAUUUUAUUUCUUCUGUAAAUCAUUUAAUAUUGAAGUAAUCUGUAUGAAACAGGCAUAUUUGUUUCUCAAAGUUCCAUCUAUUUUGUUGCUGUACUAAACCACUGCAUCAGUCACAUUAUGGCUAGCCCAAGAACGCUGAACAGUAGUGUAACAACAAAUGUUCAAAGCCUAACACAAUCAUUGAGCUAAAGAAAUAGAUGAACAUUGAGGAGUAGAGGUACUUCACCGGGUUCCUAAACAAAUGAAUUUAGUAUUAUAAGAGCUUGACUCUGCCAUGCUGUAAAUGUUGUGAAUUGUGGUGGAGUUAUUUCUGUGAUGUUAUAAGGAGAUUAAUUCUAAGGACAGAAUAAAAGAACUUGUGGAUUGCAGACCACAGCAUUUCAAAGUGGCUUUCCCCUGUGGUAAGCCACUAAGGUGCAGAGUCGUUGUACAUAUAUCCAUAGUGAUGAAAUAAACUAGGUGUCUAGAUCAGCUUACCUGCACCAGUAGUCUAGUAUUGUAUGUCUAAUUGCUGCAUUGAAAAGGCCACUGACAUCACAACAUGUGGGGAUUUAGACAGAAGUUGAUGGUGCGUUCCAUACAUUGCUGGGAAAGGGGGUCCAGAUUUACAUCAGUUAUAGAGAAGGCACACUGCUGUAGAUAAAAGGGGAAGGCAGGUAACAAGCUUUGAUUGCUGACAGGGACAGCAUAACUGCUGACAAGCAUGGUUAGUUUUGUGGGAACAUGUACAAUUUCUGCCAGGGUAGGUUAGAGGAUUUGGUGUGAUAGUUGCACAUGUUCUAUGUAAGAUUUAGGGUUGGGAGGAGAACCUCCAUACAUUGGCAAGCUAGCAAAGGGGAAAGCACCACUGGCAAAGGGCAGGUCAAUGAACCGUAUCCCUAGAGCAUAGUCUGCCAGACUUUUUCUAUGGGUAGCUAAAUGUAAAUAAAUCACACAAGUCCUCCAGGGCCAUGGCUUCAUAAGGAUGUAUAGACAAUGGUGGACUGAUAGAUCUAUUACUUAUUGCUUGAGUGUCAGUGGAGGUAUACAGUGGUUGACAUUCUGCCAUGGUUAUGCAAGGUUUUGUGGAUUUGUUAAGUCCUGGUUUCAGUGUAUUUUGUACAGAUUUCCAAUUCUACUCUGUUAGGCAAGGAGGAGAUGAAAUACAAAAAAAAAUGCUUUCAAGAUGUAGGCUGGGCUGAACUGUUUUUAAAGGUUUCAUUUCUCAGUGUUUUCAUUUUGGCAUAGUCAACAGCUCUCUGAAAUGUAGUUAUAAUUCGGGUUGCGGAAAUCAAGUUUCUUGCUGCAGGGUGAGAUUAAAUUAACGAUGGGUCAUUCACCCUGAGCAGGUCUGUGUAUCUGAAUAUAGUGGUUGUUGCUUCCUUUGACCCUGACAGAGGUCCAAAGCCAGACGUUCACUCACUAGUAUCACAAACUGGAAGCCAAAGUAGCUACACAGUACUGUUUCAGUGGAAACUUUUAAAAUGUCUUCUGGGAAGACGAUACCAUGUCUAUUGCCUCCAUUGUAUGCCCUGUUUAAAUUUGUAUGCUCUCUGUAUUGUUUUUAUGUUAUCUCUCCUUUAGGUGGAGAGGCUAAACCUUUAAUAAAAUGGUACAAAACUGUUA